GCCAGUGAGCGGCACGAUGCUGCGGAGGCUGGUUCAGCAGUGGAGCGUCCUGGUAUUCCUGCUCAGCUACUCCGUGCCCUCCUGCGGGCGCUCCGUGGAGGGGCUCAGCCGCAGACUCAAACGCGCAGUGUCAGAGCAUCAGCUACUGCAUGACAAAGGCAAGUCCAUCCAAGACUUGCGCCGCCGCUUCUUCCUCCACCACCUGAUAGCAGAGAUCCACACAGCCGAAAUCAGAGCUACCUCGGAGGUGUCCCCCAACUCCAAGCCUGCUCCCAACACCAAAAACCACCCCAUGCGAUUCGGGUCAGACGACGAGGGCAGAUACCUAACUCAGGAAACCAACAAGGUGGAGACCUACAAAGAACAGCCGCUCAAAACGCCGGGGAAGAAGAAGAAGAGCAAACCCGGGAAGCGCAAGGAGCAGGAGAAGAAGAAGCGAAGGACUCGGUCUGCCUGGCCAGGCACAGCGGGGAGCGGCCUGCUUGAGGACCCCCUGCCUCACACCUCCAAAACCUCGCUGGAGCUCAGCUUAAGGUACUAG